AUGGAGUUCACGGUUAACAAUUCUAACCUACGUAAAGAGCAGGAGCGCAUUUCUGCAACGAUUGAACAGUAUACCUCACAGUUGCAGGAAAUCGAGGAGCAACUCCUUGAAAUCGAACAGAAAAAAAAGGAUGUAACACAGCAAAUCCAGGAAUAUGAAGAGAAGGCUGUGCAUAAUUAUGCUGACUUGGCUGCUGAGGAUGCUUUGGACAAUAUUAUUCGCAUUGAAAAUAAGCUCAAGAUUGCUGAGCGAUGCAACCAGCUGUUAAGCCGAGAGAACGAAACACACAAACGCCUCCUGGAAGCUCGAGCAAAAAAGCUUAAAAAGGUUUCAGAUGAAAUUGAUAAGAUAUCGUCCACAACAGGAUGGCGCGGCAACACCAGCGACCAAGACGUAAGUAAGCAAAAUGCAGCGAUCCAGGAAAUCGUAGAGAUGGAGGCAAAAAUACGUGAAGAGAUGAAAUCCACCGAGCACAUCAUCAAAAGAAAGGAGCAAGCUAUUUUGAAGCUCCACGCGAAUGCUGAGUUUAAUAAGGAGUUUCAGGCUCGCCUUGGUCAGGUUCGCAAUGAUGUCCGUGUCCGACAACGUGAAUGCCGUGAGCUGGAGGCCAAACUGAAGCGCAUGCAGGCCGAAGACAUUCCUGUUGAGCAGGAACUCGUGAAGCUAGAAGAGAAGAGUAUCCCACUAACACAAAGCUUGGCAUGUAUGGAAAAAGACAAAGAAUUUCUCGCAGAGGCUGUGAGGGAGUCCAAAAUGGUGUGCAGUCGGCAGGAAAAUGUCAUUAAGGCGCAGCUAGCACGACAAGAGCAGCUGCAGAGUCGACUUGAGGUGGUAAUGAAAUCACUCCGCGCGAUGGAGUUGGAGAAGGACUUUGAGCGAAAUAUGCCAAAGUCCGCUCUGGUGCCCGCUUCCGUACGAGAGGAGCCCGAAAAUGUGUCUCAAAUUCUACCCGAGGAUGAGCAAAUUCCAAUUGACACCUACCGUCUCCUGUAUAAAAAUAGUGAGAUUAUGCGCACUAAUUUGGCCCGCAAAAAUAUGUUAGUACUCGAAAAGGAAAGCGUGAUCCAAGCCACGGAGGAGAAGUUGCAACAUCUUAUUGAUAAACAUAACCUCAACGUACGCCAUGGGGAUGUUCUGCAUAUCAAUGCAGAUAACCAGAUCAGGACUCUUCUGGAAACGUUGCAGACCAAGCAAGAGGGCUAUCGUGCUCGUCUUGAUACGCUAGUGGAGGAAAACAAAAGAUUGCGCAUGGAGAUGUCUCGUAAAUCGGGUAAUCGCAGGCGAGUAAUUGCUUCUGGUUCGAAAUGA